AUGUGGUCGAAGAUACUACCGCUGCUGCCGCUGUUGCCGGCAACGGCGGUCAUGGCAUCACCAACCCAGUCCCUGACCCCAGUCUCAGAAAAUCGCAUUCUGCACGUCAAGACAUGCCCUCGAUCUUGCGACAAGGCUGGCGGCGACCUCGAAGAAUGGAGCCACUUUCACGACUUGGAAGGCCUCGCCGUCUGUCCCGAGCCGGUUCUCCUCUCCUUCAACCUCUACACGCCGCUUGAUGAUCCCAAGUCCGUCAUCAGCAUCCGUGCCUGCACUCUCGGCGAUGCCUCUACCGAGGACAACUUCCUCGCCGAGACAGAGUAUGUAGCCCCGGAUGCCAAGGGCGAGACCAACUUUGGCCCCGAUGGACCCUCCCGACGCAGUAUCAACGAAACGGUCGUUGGGGACGGCGCCACUUGCGGCUUGGACACUCCAAACAACAUCAAGGUCACGGCUCUGCUCUCUUCGUGGGAUGCUGACCGCGACAUCUCAGAUGUUGGUCUUACUACGCCGGCUGCUGAGUCUAAUGAGAACACCAAGCCCGACGUUGGCCGCGCCAUCGAACAACUGUCGGCCCAUGUUAGCAAAGACAAGAGCUGUGACGAGCUCAUCUCUUUUGCCUAUCUCCGCGGUACCCUCGUUGGCCUCUACGCGGGAGGCCUUAUCGACAAGAAAAAAACAUCCGCAUCCAUGAUGAAGAAGCUGGCCAGCGAGAUGAAGGGAGCCUCCUCGCCCACGGCCCGCAAGGCCCUUGAAGUCUGCGGCGGUCAGCGAUCGUCAGCCGAUACCUUUGGCGUCGUGGCCGAUAGCAGCGGUGAUUUUGCCGCCGUCCAGAAGGUCAUGAAGACGUGGAGCAACGGCCAAUGCGUGUCUGACAAGCCUGAGGUCAACAGCACGCCCCUCAAGGAUAGCGACUUGUGGUCCUUUGACUUGUCGCCUCCCAUCGAACCGUCGACCUCGGCCGGACGCCUUCGCAAGAGGGCUGACUGCCGCAGGGGACGUCUAACCUCUGUUCGACGCUCAAGCCCGGUCAGCCCCGUGUGCUGCUCGUCCGGCACCUUGCCUGACGUCAAGCCCAAGCCUCAGGCUGACGGUUCGUGCGCUACAUAUGCCGUCGAAGCCAACGAGGGCUGCGCGGCUGUAGCAGCCAAGCAUGGCCUCAAAGAGCAGGACCUCGAGAAGAUGAAUGAGAAGACCUGGGGAUGGGAUGGUUGUGCUGGUGGUCUUGGUCUCAAGCAGCGUAUAUGCGUCAGCUCUGGCAAGCCGGCCAUCCCAGCGUCGUACCCAGAUGCGCAAUGUGGCCCUACCAAGCCCGGGUCCAAGCUACCGACGGACGGCACAUCCCUCGCCGACAUCAACCCUUGCCCGCUCAAGGUCUGCUGCAACGUGUGGGGUAACUGCGGAACAACAUCAGAUUUCUGCCCAUCUCCAAGACGGCCACGGGCAACCCUGAAGAAGCAAUGGGAUCUCUUUGUGGCGGCCAAGGACUAUCCCAAGAAGAUCCUCGCCUUUGGCGGCUGGGCCUUUUCCAAUGAAGGGCCCGGUGCCGGCCUGUUCCGUCAGGCUGUCAGCCCUGGGAAUCGGGAGGCCUUUUCUGACCGUGUGGUCAAAUUUGCCAAAGACAACGGCCUCUCGGGCCUCGACUUUGACUGGGAGUACCCCGGGGCCACCGAUAUUGAAGGCUCACCUCCCGGUCAGGCGGAGGAUGGCGAGAACUAUUACCAGUUCCUCAAGCUCGUUCGCUCCAAGUUGCCCUCAGACAUGACGCUUUCUAUCGCCGCAGCGUCUUCAUACUGGUAUCUCCGCAGCUUUCCCAUUGAGAAGAUGGCUGAGGUGCUUGACUACAUUGUCUACAUGACAUACGACUUCCACGGACAGUGGGACGUCGGCAACAAAUGGGCGAUGCCGGGCUGUGACUCUGGCACGUGUCUACGCUCGCAUGUCAACUCGACAACGACCCAGGACAGCCUCGUCAUGAUCACCAAGGCUGGCGUGCCGACACACAAGAUUGUCGUCGGUGUCACAAGCUACGGUCGUUCCUUCAAGAUGUCCGACGCGGGUUGCCGCGGGCCGCAGUGUACAUUCCUGGGUGCUCGCAACCAGUCGCCUGCCAAGAAGGGUCGUUGCACCGGUGAGGGCGGCUACAUUUCCAAUUUCGAGAUUGAUGAGAUUAUUAAGAAGGGCGGUGCCAUCAAGUCGUGGUAUGACGCCGAAACGGACUCGGAUUACCUCGUCUACGAACGCGUCGAGUGGGUGGCCUACAUGACGGAGGCGACCAAGAGCCGACGCAUCAGCUACUACGAGUCUCUCAACAUGGGAGGCACUUCUGACUGGGCUGUCGAUCUCCAGGGCGAGGGCGAGCGUGGUGAGGAUGAUGGCGAGGACAGCGACUACGAGCCGGAUCCCAACGACGACAAGUCGCUCGAACCGUGUCCGUACUCGCCAACGACAAUGGACAACAUCUACAACCUCGACUUUAGGAACGAGAUACCACCCCACUGCGUGGGCAAGUACCUGAUCCCCGUGCUGCAUAGCAUGCUCAAGGAGGUCAAGAAGCGCUUCGAGGAGAUCCUCGGCGACGGCUACGACAAGUAUUUCGGCUUGUACGCCGAUCACAUCUUCACGAACCGUCACGAGGCUCUCUGGCAGCUCAUGAUGGACGAGGGCAACGACUACUUCAACUGCGAGAUCUUCUCCAAGUUCCCUUGCUGUCCUGGAUGCGAGGCCCUCAACCGCCACAACUGCCAUAACUGCAUCAAUGACUGUGACAUCAAAUGGUCCGGACACCCGGGCUGGGAGUGGCGCAAGAAGAAGAUGCCCUGCCCUCCCGACUACUCGCAGCGCGGUAUGGAUCCCUCGAGGUACCAUAUGGAAUCUAUCUUCUGGGACUACAAGAGCGACGAGACCAAGAAGGACUUUGUCAACGAGAUCUCGACCGUCGUCGGCGUCGGUGAGGAAGACAUCUAUUACCCAGAGCACCGUCCCCACCUCAAAUCAAGGCUCGCCAUUGAGAUGUGCUUCGGCAGCCGACCCGGCGGCGACACGUCGUACGAAGCCAUGAAGGGCGAUUGCCAGGGCGAGCACUGGUGGCACAAUGCCCCUACCAUCGGCACCGGCUUCACUGUUGAGGACGUCUUUAAUCCCAAGACGGAGAUCAGCUCGACCCUGAAGAACGUCAACAUUGAGAGUAUCCUUGCCGAGUAUGAGCUGUCCGUGACAGCCGAUGAGUACGACGAGGACUCCUUCGACCUCAUCGAUGCCCUUGUCCUGCCCAUCUUCAUGAUGUACUCGGGUCUCGAGCACAUGGAAACCGUCGUCGAGAUGGGCAAAGACAUUGAGGAGGCCAACAAAAUCGCCCUGAUUACGAAUCUCCUCUCGGCCGUGCUCCUCGUACUCGGUGGCUUCGGCGGCGUCGCGGCCGGUGCCGCGUCAACGGGCCUGCGUCUCCUCGGCCGCACGCUUGUGGCCCUCUCCGAGGCCGGAAACACUGGGCUCGGCCUCUACACAGCCGUGAGCGAUCCCACGACCAUUCCGCUCCUCAUCUUUGGUCUCAUCAUGAGCGGCACCAAUCUUCGUAGCGCCACCAACGUCGGCAAGGCGGCCAAGUUGAGGCGUGACAUGAGCGCUGAGCAGAUUGCGCGCAUCAGUCCCCAGGCCAGCAAGAUGGCCGGCAUCGCGUCUAGCGCUCAGAAGAGGCCCCCCAAGCUUGACCUUUGCCGGUAUGCUUAG